AUGUUCUCCAGAAAAAGCCACGCCGAUGUGAAGAAGUCCACGCAGAAGGCGCUGGACCCCAAGAAGGACGUGCUCACCCGCCUCAAGCACCUCAGGGCGAUCCUGGAUAUUGUAGAUGGAAGUGACCUGAAGCAAUUUUUUGAGAGUAAUUACUCUCAAAUUUACUUUAUCUUCUAUGAAAACUUCGUAACACUGGAAAAUAGCUUGAAACAAAAAGGGAAUAAAUCCCAGAGGGAGGAGCUGGACUCCAUUCUCUUUCUUUUUGAAGUAAGUUGCCCAUACCAUAGAACCUAG